AUGUUCCCCCCCUUCCCUCCUUACGUUCCGAUCCCUGGCCAGCCUUGCCUCCCCCUGAUCCCCCCCCCUUGUCCCUUUCCCGACGAUGGCGACUUCAUCGCUCCCUUCGGCUUCCCCGUGAGGCGGCCCCCCGCUCCUCGCGGCCGCCACCAGGUCGACAUCGAGACCUGCACCGACUACCGCCCGCGCCACGACGGCGGCUUCAACUGCUACGAGCGCACCACCGUCACCAGCGACAAUCCCAUCGCGGCCAUCGCCUGGUCUCACGGCCAGCACCGGCCGCCGGAGCCACGGCCGUCGCGCGCCUCGGAGCCACGGCCGUCGCGCGCCUCGGAGCGCCGCAUGCUCGACGCCCCGCCGCCCUCCAGCGUCGCGCCCUCCGGCGUGUCCUCAUGCCAGUGCUCUCGCCUGUCGGACCGGUUCGACCGCGGCCGCGCGCCAAGCGUCGUGCCGUCCGAGGUGUGCUCGCGGUGCUCGCGCCGCAGCAGCGUCCGGUCGCUCAACGCCAGCCCGCCCCGGCCGCUCCUGCUCGACGCUCCGUACUACAGCGCCGCCGAGUCGUCGGCCGCGUCGUCGUCCCGCCGGCGCUCCCAGCCAACUAGCUCGUCGCGUGUGUUCGACCUGGGCGACAUCGCGUCCAGCCUCGCCGAGACCGAGCGUACCUCGCGGGCGCCCUCGGGGGCGUCGCGCAACGGGCCCCCGCCGUCAUCGGCUACGCGCAGCGGCCCCCCGCCAUCGUCGGCUACGCGCAAUGGGCCCCCGCCGUCGUCCACUACGCGCGGUUGCAAGCGCCACUCCUACUCUUCGUCCCAGAAGCUCUCCACGGUCGAGGAGGAUCGCGCGCCGCCGCCGAGCUACACCUCCCAGUGGGUGUCGCAGCGGGCUGGGUCGCGUGACCGCCGCGGCGCGGCGCGGACCAACAGCACGAUCAGGCCGGAGAGCUCCAUCAGCCAGGCGACGGCCAAGUCUUCGCGACGCAGCAGCGGUUGUCAGCGUCACUGA